AUGAGCAAAAGAAAGCAUGAACAUUACGCCAAGGGAAAUGGGAAGAGGUUCAAGGGUGGGGCAAAGCUACUAGACCCCAACACUGCGGGGAUAUAUGCGACGUGCCCUCGAAGGAAGGAGCAACAGUGUCGCCUGGAACUUAUGAACGUGCUUUCUGAAAAAAUACACGAGUACUUUAAUCUCCAUGAAGGGAUCAGCAAGGACAAAGAAGAAACUGGUGACUUAUCAAUAGAAGAAAAGAUUCAACUAGAACUUUCAGAGAUGGAAGAAGCGAAAACGAAUCCGAAGGCGAAUUAUUUGCAACCAAUCGAUAUUGAUGUCGAGUGUGUGGUGUUUAUAAAGACUCGGAAGCCCAUAGAUCCAGCUGUGCUUGUCCAGAAGUAUGUAGAAGAGUGCUAUGAGUCGGGCACCAAGACAACCAGGACCACUCAAAAACUCACUCCAAUUAGUGAUUCAUGUAGCGCAACAGGUGAUACAGAGGAACAUUUGAAAGAUUUGUCGAAACGUGUGUUGCAGAAGCAUUUCCAUGGCAAAGACCAAGAACCUGUCAAGUUUGCCAUUCAAGUGUCGAGAAAGAACUUUGAUACACUCACCUCCGAAGCAAUUAUUAAAGCGGUGGCUGAAACAGUAGGACGUGACCACGGACAUACUGUGGAUUUGAAAAACUAUGACAAGUUAAUCAUUGUUGAAUGCUACAAGAACAAUAUAGGCAUGAGUGUUGUGGAAAACUACUUGAAGUAUAGCAAGUUCAAUUUGCAGCAGAUUUAUGAUAAGACGUCAAAGUAG